CCACGUCGUACCUCACAUCCCCGCUCCUUCUUUGCUUACAACCGCGAAAAUGUUCCGUGCUACUAGCUCCCGCAUGGCUGGCUUCGUGUUCCGUGAGAACCGUGUGCCCUACUACCAGCGUCUCUUCCAGAACCACGAUGGCAAGCGCCAAUGGUGGAAGACCUCCCGCUCCGGUUACAUCAUGUACCCCUAUCUCCUCUCGGUCUACGGCCUCGGUGCUGCUACCACCUACGCCAUGUGCCGCAUGGUUCUCGGCCACAAGACUUGGAUCUAAAUUAUAGGUCUCAAUACUUAUUCUGGCGGAAAUAAAUGAUGCCAUUUCCAGUUCCGUUGGUUAGCCAAGCUGCGGUCGGUUGUUUUUUGUAUGGUGUAUUUCUACUCCAGGGAGGAGUUAGAUGGGUUGGCAGCCACGCAGAUUUGGAGCUGUACAUAUCAUCAAUUCAAGCGCCAAUCCAAGAGAUGCUGCCAUAUA